AUGGACGACGGCGGCGGGGAAGACGGCACUCCUCCUGACCACAACCGCAUUAUUUUUCCAUGGAGACUGGCACGCCACGGCCGCACCAGCUUCCUGAAUAACUCUCCCCCUCUGGCCGUGCACGUCAGGCAGCUGAGAUUCACGAGCCCGGAAACCGCAAGGGCCUUGCUGCGAUAUCACCGCUACGUGACAAAUCCUCGAAUUCGACUUCGCCGUACCAUUGUUAACUACCGACGGGAUAUUGCCCGCCUCAACGAGGAUAUCCGCCGCCUCGACGAGGAAAUCGCCCGGAUCGUUGACGAGAGUUCUCAGCCUCCAGCCGCUCAGCCUAAUUCCGCCGACACCGCCGAUUCCAGUGAUUCCAGUGAUUCCGGUGUAUCCAACAUGGACCAACAGCAGCCGCAGCAACAGCGACGACCCGCCCGCGCUCACCCAGCUUCGCGCAGGACGGCAGCUUCAACUUCGCAUCGCCGCGGCCAGAACAACCAGGCCAACUCGGGAAACAACUCGGAACGCUCGGGAGCCAGUUCAGUUCCCUUUGCUACUCGUGAGGACAACCCGGACAAUGAUCUCGUCGAGCGGGAUGCCAAUGGCGAGAUCAUCAUCAACAGCCCCGAAUUGAUUCCUCCCCAACCCGGCGACCCAGACUACAACCUCCCGACCGAGGAUCCAGAGAUAGCUCGCCAGAAUGAACUCAUCGCCCUCUACGGCCAGCACGGAAAUAACCUGGAAGAAGGUGUCAUGGAGGAAGUCCGGACAGCGCUCAGGGCCAGUCUGAACCGCAUUGUCGCCAGCCUGGACGACGACCGCUGGAUGUUUGAGCCGGAGAGCGACGCUAGGCCGAAGAUGUUCAAAAACUGGUGUUUGAGGUGGACUGUGCCGGAGUUGUUGAGGUAUGCUGUGAUGGGAGGAUUGGGGUUGACUGGUAGGAUGCGAUAUCUUGCACCUACACCUGCUACGGACGUUGAAGCUGCACUCAGCUCUUCGGGCGAAAUGGCAAGUUUUGCAAUGCCGAAUUCUGUGCCGUACACAUUUUCCACGGUCACUGAAGCCCACGCCCUUCCCACCCCCACUGUCAUGAGGAGUCCGAAACCAGGAGGCCCGAUCUCAGCACAAACCAUCCGCCUCACCAACAUGCAUUCCAGCUUUUGCUCCACCAUCUCCGCUGCACCACCACCCACGCAACUCAUGCAACCUCAUCACGGACCCGGAAAUCGAGAAUAA